GUGUGUGUGUUUGCGCGCGCCCCCGCGCGCGCGCCUGGCGCCUGUCCAACGUAAUUUCCCAUAAACCACAUGCCUAAGUCGCUUAAAAAGGCUGUGCCGAGGAGCUGGCGGAGCCGGCUGGGGAAAGUGAAAGUUUUGCCUGUUGCUCUCCGCGCUGUAGCCGGCUCUCCGGACUCCCGCAACAGCGGCCCGGCCCUUGGCGGGGCGCAGACUCGGCAGCGGCUCGCUAGCGAGCAAGCGAGAGAGGGCGGCCGACGCGCCCGGCCGGGACCCAGCUGCCCGUAUGACCGCGCGGGGCGCCGCCGGGCGCUGCCCUACCACGACAUGGCUGGGCCGCGUGCUACUGCUGGUCUGUCUCCUGGUGAGCAGCAGUAUUGCCAAGGAGCAGUCGAAGCACUGUAGUCAAAUGAUCGGCGACGGACACCUGCAGCUCCUGCAGCAGCUGAUUGACAGUCAGAUGGAGACCUCGUGCAAAAUCUCCUUUAUGUUUGUAGAUCAGAACUUGACAGACCGAGUGUGUUACAUUAGGAAGGCGUUUCUCUUGGUGCAAGACAUACUGGAGGACACCAUAAGCUUCAAAGGCAACACCUCCAAUGCCAAUGCCCUCUCAAAAAUCCAGGAACUCUCCGUGAGGCUGAACGAUUGCUUCCCCAAGGUCAACGACGAAGAACAGGACAAGGCCUGUGUCCAAAAUUUCUCCGAGUCGCCCCUCUGGUUGCUGGAGAAGAUCAAGAAUGUCUUUAGUGAAAUGAAGAAUCUCCUUAAAGACAACCAGGACAUUUUCAGCAAGGAUUGCAGCGACAGCUUUGCUGAAUGCUCCAGCCAAGGCUGGCUGAACAUGCGGGGGGUUCCGUGGAGAGCGCAGAGGCUCCACAUGGAGUCGGGGGCCCUGCUCCGGGACCCCUGCUGUGAACCACCAGGAUACUCUGGCUCUGGAAGUCCUCAGGAGGCCUUGAGUGUCCCCUCAAGGGACAGGCUGGAUUUGAAGUCUGAACAUCAUCCAAACUCUCCCGAUGUGGCGACCCAGCCUGAUUGCAACUGCCUGUACCCCAAAGCCACCCCUAGCAGUGACCCGGCCUCUGUCUCCCCUCAGCAGCCCCUUGCCCCCUCCAGUGCCCCUUUGGCUGGCUUGACCUGGGCUGAGGCUGAGGGGACAGAGGACAGUUCCCUCUUGCCCAGUGAGCAGCCCCCUCGCACAGUGGACCUGGGCAGCACCAAGCAGCGACCACCCAGGAGCACCUGCCAGAGCUUUGAGUCAUCAGAGACCCCAGGCGUCGAGGGAGGCCCCACAGGAGGUUCACCUCAGCCCCACCCCCCCGCCGGGGGCCCCGUCCCUGGGUCAGAGGAUGUUCUUGAUUUUGUGCUGAGUACAGACUGGGCCCUAGAAGAGGCCUCUGGAGAAGCUAGUGAGGGUCUUGGACAACAAGGGCCAGAGCCUUCCUCCUCCAGGCUGGGAGGAGGCCGUGUCCAGGCAGAGAGCACCAGAGCCAGUGACAUCAUUUCGGCAUCUCCAUCCUCCGGGUCCGCCAAGGGCCGGCUGCCAGCGGAUGGAACUGGCACCUCCCCACCGGAGUUGGGCCCCGUGAGACGCACUGGCCAGACCCGGAGUCACACACCUGAGAAGAACGACCGUCCCACUCUGCCACCUAGAGACCACCAGGCGCCAGGCUCUGCCAGGACCCUGUCACUGCACCCGAAAGGCCUCAGCCGUCCCUCCACCCUCUCUGCUCAGCCAAGGCUUCCCAGCAGCCACUCCCGGGGCAGUGUGCCGCCCCUCCCGGAGCUGCAGGGCAAGCGCAGCAGCACCAGGGCACGGCGGAGCCCUGCAGGGCAGGAAAGAGGAGGAACUCGUGAGGGGGCGGCCCUGCCCCAUGCCCAUUUUAACUCCGUUCCUUUGACUGACACAGGCCAUGAGCAGCACCCAACACCCCAGCCCCCUGAGCCUCUCCUUGCCCCGCUGGCAUCUGGUGGCGGUGGCGUCAUCCUGGUCCUGCUGGCCCUGGGCGGACUGCUGUUCUACGGAUGGAGACGCCGGAGCCUUCGAGAGCCUCAGACAGUGGACUGUCCCAUGGAUCAACCAGAGGGCAGCCCCCUCACCCAGGAUGAGGACAGACAGGUGGACAUUCCGGUGUAGAAGGAAUUCUAAGCUGGGCGCACAGGAUAAUCUCUCCAUGGCAGGAGACCUUGGGGGGCGCCCGCCACCCUCCUCCUCAGCCAUUCUCCCGGGAACACAGCCUGCCUCCCAUGAGAACUCAUGCCUGCCCAGUGAGACCAGAGCAGCCAGGCCGGGGUCCCUCCGCCCUCGACCCACAGACUCCAGACUGACUCAGAGAGGGCCGGAGGAUGCCCCCCGCGCUGCUGAUAUUUAUCGUGGGCCCUGGAGGCUCCUACCCACUGGACGGAGGCUGGCGAGCCCAGCCUAGCACCCUCUGCCCCUCAGGGGCUGCUCUCUCCUCCUACCCCCCGCCAAGCCGGCCCCUGGGCCGGGGACCCAGAGGCCUGUGGAUGUGGACGCUGAGGAAUGGAAGAGCCCUCGUGCCCAGAGGACCUGUUUGGUGCCAAGGGAUGGAUCUCUAUCCCAACAAGCAGGGACUUGUCCCAGAGAGAGAGUCAUGGCGAUUUGCAGGGUGGGCCAGUGGCGGCCGGGUUUCCCGGAAAGGUGUGCAGCCCAGAAGAUGGCAAGAGAAGGCCUGCUGGGCUCUGCUCGCCCAGGUGUCCUCAGUACCUGCCUGGCUCGAGAUGCCAAGGUGAAGACCAGGUCUGGCCCCUGCCCUGCCGCCCUUCCGGCACCUGCCAGGGCUCCUCUGCGGGGCCACACGGAGGCCCCCCUCCUGAAGGAAGCCGUUGCACUGUGAAGACUGAACCUGCCUGCUGUACGGCCCACCCGUCCAUCCCAUGAACAAACAUCCAUCCAUCCUCCCAUCCCUUCAGCCUCUCCCCAGCUUCUGCACUGAGCGCCCGAGCCGGCCUCGCCCGUGGACCACGGGAGCCCCGGAGCCCUGACCUUCUGCUGAUCCGGCCUGUGACUCCCUGGGGUGGAUCCGGGCGGGAGAGCUGCCUGGGCCGCCAGCCAGAGCAGGUCUCUAGGUUGUAUUGUUGGCCCAGGUUUCUGCAUUUUGCACUUUGAUGUUCCCCAAAGGGAAGUGACUAGUGGGAGGGAGGAGAGGGAGGGGAGGGCAGAAAUAGGCACAGGAGGGUCUUUGAAAUGAUGGAUGUGCCCCUGAGGUUGCGGGGAGGCGUCUGCACCCGUGGCCUCUGCCGCAGACACGGCUGCAAGGCCACUGCCCACAGGGACCUGGGCCUGGGUGGGUGGUCCCUGUUAGGAGCUUGGUAGGCAGUGAUACCUCCAGCUCUCACCCCAGCCACCCACCCAUGGCCACCAUCUCUCUGACCAGGCAACCCCGGGGGGCGGAGGGCCGGGACACCUGCUUCAAGUCUGCCUUGUGCUGCUGUGUCCCUCCUCCCCUGCUCCCUGGGCCCUCCACUUACAGACUCCGCCUUGCCUGGGUCCUGGGCUGGGGCCCACGCCUGCCUCCCUUGCCCGCUGCCGCCAGCUGAGGGAAGGAGGCAGAGAACUUCCCCCUGGGGCUCCUCCUUCUAGUCAUAGACUCUAGAUUUGAUGCUAGAACGUAUGUAUUUGAAAGUGGAAGGGAAAAAAAAAACAGAAAAAAAGGCAUUCUUCCUCCAUCCCCACCCCUUAAACCUAUAGUAUUUCAUAAGUCAAGAAAGCAAAGAGCUUCUACAGUGGACUUGCUCUCUUGACCCAGGAACGGGAGGCCCCCGGCCACCCGCACAGGAAACCCUUCUUUUUCUCUGAGAAAGCCGAGAGGGAACAUUGGCUCACACACUGUGAGAUUUUGUUUUUAUACUUGGAAGUGGUGAAUUAUUUUAUAUAAAGUCAUUUAAAUAUCUAUUUAAAAAAUAGGAAGCUGCUUAUAUAUUUAAUAAUAAAAGAAGCGCACGAGCUGCCA